UAUAAGAGUUGGGAAGUUACAUUGAGGUUGCACAGCCACUUUUAGAAUAUUGUACAGUUCCGGUCACCCUACAAUACUAAGGGCAUGAUUAAACUGGAGAGAGUUCAGAAAAUAUUUUCCAGGAUGUUGUCGGGACUAGAAGGUAUGAGUUAUAAGAACAGGCAGGGACUUUUGGUCCUGGGUGGGUCGGAAGCUGAACUUCUGUAGCACCUCAAGGUUCCCACCUUCCUCCCAGCGUCACCGACAGGUCUUCCCCUAUCCCGGCAUGCCAUUGCAGCCAAACCUGGAGGACCUCCCGCUCCUCCAUGAUCCCAGCAUGCUUUGGGUUUUAUCAUGGCAGCGCUCAUUCAGACAGAGUCUAAGCUUCAGAGACCGCAGUUUGGGAAUCGGUACUUAACUGAUGCGGAUCGCGUUUUUCAGCAUAAUGCCUGGGAUAAUGUGGAGUGGUCUGAAGAACAAGAGGCUACAGCCAGGAAAAAAGUUGAGGAAAACUGUGCCCAGCUGGUUUCUUCAGAGAAACAAGCGGAGUACGAGAACAAGGCUAACAGUUACUGGAAUGAUUUUUACAAAAUUCACGAGAACAGAUUCUUCAAAGAUCGUCACUGGCUUUUCACAGAGUUCCCUGAGUUGUUUCCCAAUUGUAAGUCCUCUUUGGAUAAAUCUGGGCUGACUGCAGCAGCAUCUGACCAUAGCAAAACUGAAUCCAGGAGCUGUCUUGACCAGACCAUUGAAAAUGACUUUCACUUACCCCAGAUUGGUACAGAAGAGACAGAGCAGAAUAAUUUCAAAGUUGAGGUUGACAAUGUGCAGGACAGCCAGAAAACAGACAGGCUUGUGGACUUGUCUUCAGGGAAUAUGCUGGGUGAGACAGGAUUACCAGACACAAACCAAGCAGGAGCAUCUGCAACACUCCGUAUACUUGAGGUCGGUUGUGGAGUUGGAAAUACCGUGUUCCCCAUUCUGCAGACUAACAAUGAUCCAGGACUGUUUGUAUACUGCUGCGAUUUUUCCUCUACUGCUGUGGAACUCGUCAAGCUGAACUCUUGUUAUGACCAUUCUCGCUGCCUCGUUUUUGUUCACGAUCUGUGCGAUAUGCAGGCCACCUACCCAAUGCCAAACGAAAGCUUAGACAUCAUCAUUCUCAUAUUUGUUCUCUCAGCAAUACAUCCAGACAAAAUGCAGGCUGUCGUUAAGAGGUUGAGUCAACUUCUGAAACCAGGAGGAAUGAUUCUCUUCAGAGACUAUGGGCGUUACGAUAUGGCACAACUACGAUUUAAGAAAGGUCGCUGCCUAUCUGAAAAUUUCUACGUUCGAGGAGAUGGGACAAGGGUUUAUUUCUUCACACAAGAUGAACUGGAUGAGCUCUUCACCUCUGCCAACUUGAAGAAAGUCCAGAACGUCGUGGAUCGACGCCUGCAGGUUAACCGUGGCAAGCAGCUGACCAUGUACCGGGUUUGGAUCCAAUGCAAGUAUCGCAAAUCUUUGGAGAAAGGAGAAUGAAGAUUCCUAACCUUGUGGGUCAAGCAUCUUUGAAUUCAUCUGACUUGAUCAGUGUCUCAAACAACAAGUUGUCACUUUGGUUCACACUGCUGAGUUGACUUUUGUUCUCUUGGUCCAUAAUCAUAACCUUUACAUCUGUUUAUAUGCAGCAAUCCUUAUAGUCACCAAUGAUUAUAGUCACCAUGGUAAUAAUUGCUGUUUGUUGUUGGAGGUGAAAUCAUUGGCCAUUAUGUUCAUCUGCUAAACAUUUUCUCUGAAAUAUAAACCUGACUGACAUUCCUUUCAGAUACCUUUUAAGUCACCACUACUUGCUGCUUCCAACAUUUUCUUGCAUUCUGAAACAUGUCUGCAGCCUCUAUGUCACAUGGGAUCAGGAAUAGAUUAUUCAAGCCCUUAAUCCCAAUCUGCCUCAUGGCUGAUCUAUACCUCAAUCUCAUUUACUCACCUUUUCUCAUAUUCAAACAUUUGUUGACUUUUUCCAAACGUGGAAAAGAUUGCUUCCUGCUUUCACUCUGAGGUAACUUAGGUCUAAUGUUAACAUUGUGCCUGCCUGUUCCUGAUUUUGCUCACCAAAAAUGGUUUCCCCUCAUCUACCCUAUCAAAUCCUUUCAAUAUUUAGAUGCCUUGAUCAGCUCAUUUCAAAGUCUUCUAUACCCAAGGCAUACAAGCCAGUCACUGAACAACCAUUCUCUGUCUGACUGAUCUGGGUUCCUUUCCUCAUUGAGCCCCUAUGUCUGUAGACCACGGUGGUCUCACAGUCAGAGGACUGUUGUCAUGAAGUGAUUUUUCUGUUUAAAAAGGAUUUGAGCUCACUGCUCCCUGAAGAGAUCCCCUUCUUAGCAGAAGGCUUUGAGCAUUGCAUCCAGGAUGUCUCCUGCAGUGGUGACCCAGUGGAGAGGGAAAGGGAGUGUUCAGUGACCUUUUUGCAUGCUACCUGAUUUCUGUGAAGACCCAGGACCAGAUCAAUUGUUCAGCACUCACCAGCUUAGUGAAAGCAUCUUAAACUAAGGAAUCCCUCUCUCUGCAAAUCAUGCCUCAAGUUUCUAAGGUGUAGGGCAGGAUACAGUCUUAAUGGAAAAGAGGUAGUAUACAAUGCAACAAAUGUACACUCUAACCAUCCAUAGGCACGAGGAUGGUCUAGGCUUUAAUGCUAGAGAGAGUAUCUCAGUGGUGCUGUUUUCAAAUAGUUCAUCUGGCUCCCUGAGUGAACCUAUACAACUUAUUGUAGUCUGACAAAGUUCAAAGCUCAUCUUUUUAUACUGU